AGUUAUCUAAAUUGCCUUGAAUUUGCAAACUUUAUAAUUUUUGAUCAUGUGUUUACCAGCAUUUGUCACCAAGUUUUAAAAAUUGUUAUAUAACGUGCAAAUUGUUAUUUUAUAGCUUAAUAUUUUGUGGAAGGUUUAUGUGAAGUAGGAAGUUUAGUUGAUAGCAAAAAAAUUUCAUUUUUCGUCUCACAUAUUACUAGUAUUUAAAGUUAUAUUUUGACAUUUAUGAUUUUUAUGUAGAAAUUGUUGUAAAGUGAUCCCAUUCGGUUUUUGAAAAUUAAUUGUCAAAAUUACCUAAUUUCUACGACUCUAAAUUUUGUUCUCAUUUUGAUCACUUGCACACCAUUUUGAAAAAAAUUGUGGAAAUGCAAUAAAAAACGGUGUAAAAGAUUAAGAGUUAGGCUGCCACAAAUGGGAUAUUCGAUGAACACAUAUUGAAUAAAAUAUGUUCCAAGACAUUUUUAAUUCACGUGGACAUUUGUGACCCAGUAAACUGUGUAAUUUUACACAGUUUACACAGAUUGUGAAAUUCUUUUACAAAUUUGUACCAACUAAAAAGACGCUCUUUUCGUCUAUGCAAGUAUGCAAUAGAUUUGUAACCCGAUUUCUUUCUCAAUCUUUGCCAAUUUGCGGUAAAGUUUAUGUCUUUUACUGCAUUAAUACCCCUAAAUUUCGUCCCUUGAUAGCACAAAGCUUCCAAUUUCUCUGCAUUUUGUGACACGAUAAGUUUCGAAUUUCUCCAUGCAACGUGAUCCCAUUUUCAGUCUGACUUCAUCGCAUCCCAAGUUUCUCCUUGGACAUAUUUCGCCAUCACUUUCUCCUCCACUUUCUCCAUGUAUUAUUAAAUCUGAGGACAAAAGCCUUAUAACCAAGCUCCAUAACCCGCAGCAGCUCAGAGAUCUCCAAGUUACGGGAAGAAAUCGAUGCGCAUAGACGACGAGAGAAUAAUAAGGUGUGUAACUGCAUAUAUAUCCUGCUGCACUCGAGCUCUCUGUUUUUCGUGUGUAAUAAGUUGUCAAUGUUGGUUUAGAGUACAUCUGGUUUUAACAAAUCAGACAGAAUUAUUUAGUGUAUUAGUUAAAAUUUAGUGAAAAAAUUAGGGGGUAUCUGUUCCUUUGAAAGAAUUAGAAACUGAAAGUGAUUCAGUAAAUUUUGGGAAUUAAACGUUUUGAAAUUAGUGAAUUUUGAGGUGGAAAUCAGUGCAAAUUUAUUACACAAAGAUAAAUACCUAAAGAAUAAGAGAGAAUUUGUGUAGCUUGUUUACUGCACUGCGAAGAAAUAUUGAAGGUGUUAAUGCUUAAUUUGUAAUACUUGUUAAGGAAUAACGUCGAUUUUGUAAAAUUUCGGAAUUUGAGUUGAGUAUUUGUAAGAUUUAUGAGAUUUGAAAAGUUUUAAACUAUUAAAAUAAGGGCGGAUUGAAGAACUUGGUAAAUGAGAGAGAAAUUUAUUUAAUUAAAAAAAUUGGGUUGGGUUAUAAUAUUUAUUGGAAAAGAAAAUUUAGAACAUAACGUAAAUUUUUUUAUGUGAGUGUUUUAGAAGUUUGUGAAUUUUCAAUUUUCGAAAGUUCGAAAGUUUAGGGUGGAGAAUUUGGAAAAAGGUUCGUUUGAUACAUUUGGGUGUGGUUUUAGUGAAAGAGUUUGGUGAACUGGAGUGCAGUUAAAGUUUUUAGUAAUUACUGGACAAGUUAUAACUUAUAACUUAUAAGACUUCUAUUUUCGAAUGUACUUAAAUUGUGACAAUUUAACGUCGUUUCCGAUUUAAUUGGAAGUUUAAAUAAACGAAAUACUUGAUCCAGAUUAGCUUCCCUCCCUUCCUUAAAUAAAACUAACUAGUGACUAAUAAGUCUAAUAAUGAGUGAGGCGACGAGCGUGGGCGAAUUAGGCGGUGUCGACGGUGGUCCAAUAAGUGGAGAAAAGAUCGCCAAGAUAACCGCUGACUUGAACAUAGUGCGCAACAAUAUGACCGUGUUUUCGGAAAUUUUGGCCGAGUUAAAUCCCGCAGGUGGAGGGGACCCGGCCGAUUUGGAGCUAUUACAGGAAUUGCACCGAACCUGCAAAGAAAUGCAAUCUCGAGUAGGAAUGCUGCUAUGCACCCCCACCACGGACGAACUGACGGUCGACAUGUUGCAAAUUAAUGACGACAUGAACGACCUUUUUGACCGGUAUGAUCGCAAAACGGCUGCCUAUCUAGCAAAGGGAGGUGGAAAAAAUACAGUUGACGCCCCACUAAUAGACCUUGGUGGUAUUGGCGACGAAACUGGUGCCGGAGGAGGCGGCGCAACGCCCUCGCUAAUUCAAAACCUUGGCGCAAUGAAUCUCCAUUCUCAACAGAAACCUGGUGCAGCUGGUGGUGGUGAUGCGGAUUUUGAUCAAUUCGUGACCUCGAGAAGUUCCACGACACCGGCGACAAAGACGACAACGACGAGUAAUCCUUCCACGAAAAAGUCGACAGAUUUAUUUGAUGCUUAUUCGCCGGAAUUAACAGAGGAAGAAAUAAUCCAGGGUCAUAGAGAAACCGAUUUUGAAGAGAUGGAAGCGUGGUUGAAAGCAAAUCCCGGAUCCGAAGCGUCCUUAACCUCACUUCAGCAAGAGAGAUCUACCAGGAUAACCUCCCCCAAUGCCAACAACGCUAGCGCCACGAAUCCAUUUGGACUGCCUCAUGACGGCAAACCUUCUUAGAAUAAUUACUAAUCAAAAGAAAAAACCCUCAUUGCAAUCUAAUUUUAAAGUUCUAAACAGUUGGCAGUUAACUACGUCUGUGUAAACUUUGUAAAGUUGGUAACCUUCUAUAUGUAAAUCUGGGAAAGCCAUGCAUGAGAAUUGCAUACAUGGCAUGGCGUCCUCUGAUGUUGGUAGUCUUCGUCAAUUUUACAAAGUUUACUCAUUUAACAAAAGUAGUGUGAUUGGCUCGUAAUUUUUCAUGUCCUUCUGUUCAAGGAAUAUCUUUAGUUUGAAAUCUUUAAUUAAUCAAUUUACCAAAGAAGCCAAAGUUCAAGAAAAGAUACAGAUUUCCAAAAAUUUAUCAAAAAAAUCCCCCUCAUUUUUUGUUCAAUAUCUUGUCAGACAGAAUGUCGUUAAAUGAAUUCCAAUUAUUGUUAAAAUUUGUUAUACAGCGAAUUUAACAGCAUUCCUGAAUUUAAUGCCUUUAAUUAAAAAAUUGUGACGCAUUUUACCGACUUCCGUAUUAUAAAUUGUAAUUUACAAUGAACAAUCCAUAUGAUUCCGAUUAACUUGCUGGUUAAUUUAUUGAGCAUUUUAAUUAAGCUGUUUACUUAAUUAUAGAUAACUUGUUAACGUUCCGUUCGUAAUGUUUGUAACGUUGUUUCUUGUUAUUUGUUAUCAUACCAAAAAUCUAGUUCCAAAAGUACAUUACGUAGUUAAUGUGAUUACUGCAUAAAUAAAUACAAUAGCAUAGUUUAGUUAAUUAACGACAAGAUUAUGAUUAUAACACGAAAAAUUAACUGUUAAAAAUAUUCCGGUCGUGAUGUGAUUAUGAUGACGAUGAGUAAAUAAGAUAAGCUACAUGACUAACCUAUUGUGACGCGAAUAAUCAAUUUCUGUGUUUUGAGAAUUUAAUAAAUAUUAAAAUAUUACAUAACAUUACA